AUGAAAUAUAGAAUAACGUCGAAGAAGCUUGGGGAAAAGAUCCUGGCAGUUCAUGCGGGCAAGAGCAUCUACACAGGAGGGACGUCCAGGAUGCUGGUCAACCAGGACACCGGAGAGGUGAUGUGCAGAUGCAAGAAGUCAGUAAGAUCGAUAGCAAGCCACGGAAGGUACGUGUGCUGCGGGAGCUACGACUGCACCGCAGUGCUGUUUCACGACGGGAAGGUUGUGGAUGUCAUCGAGGGCCCUGACACAGAGGUCAAGUGCGUUGCGUUUUCUGAGGAUGGGCGGUAUCUGGCAAUGGCAACCAGGGGAAGGUCUGUUUGGGUUGUGAAAAUAGAUGGAGAGAUAGAGAUAGAUGGGGUCAUAGAAGACCAUUUGCACGAUGUGAAGGGAUGCAUAUUCCACGGAGGACUUCUGUUCACAUACGGCUACGAUAACACGGUGAAGGUCUACGACAGAUUUGACUAUGACGACUCCUGGGAGCUGGUGCAGUCGAUCGACGAGAGAAGCACUGUGUGGUGUGUUAUCUUCCACAACGGUAGGAUGGUGUGCACAACCGAGGAGGGGACUGUCAGCAUCUAUGCCCUGAGGAGCGGGUGGACCCUCGAGAUGUCUAGGAAGCUAUCUGUACUCCCGAUCUACUCGAUCUGCAGUGUUGGGGAAAACAUGGCAUAUGUCCUGAACAGGAGCAGCAUCGGGAUUGUCGACUCGAACCUCAAUCUUGUGAUGUCCAUCGAGAAUGUGCAUGAGGACUCGAUAAAUAGCAUUGUGUAUGAUGAAGGAAGAAAUCGGAUAGUCAGUGGGGGAGAUGACGGGAUUCUGAACACAAUUGAGCUGCUAUGA